CCAGGCUCAGCUCUGCUUCAGGCUGCCUGUGCUGUUCCCUCCACCUAGAGCAGGGUGCCCCCCGGCCCUGAUCGAGUUGACUCCUCCUACCCGUCUCCAGAUGCCCCUUUUUACAGAUCAGUUAGGCCCCCUCUGGGGAUUUAUGCAACUCCAGGCCCCUCUUCCUGACCGAAUUUCUCACUCUUCAUUACUCACUAGAUUAUAGAUGCCGGUAGAGUGGGGUCUCUUCUCUAUUCCCUGAGGAUAUGGCACACAAUAGGUGCUCAAUAAAGGCUUUCGAGGUCUGGGUGGAGCAAGGGUGCCCUCCACCUGCAGCUCAGUGGCUUUGUUGGUGCUCAGACAGAAGGCGAGAGGGGUCGGCCAGGUCCCGCCCUGGGGCUCACCUGCUUAAGGAAACAGGAACUGCCUCAGGGCGGUGGCCCCGCCCCACUGACGUGCAGACCCUGAAUUGAAACCUAGGCUCCUACAGGCACGGGGACAGCCAGAGCGAGGGCCUUCCAGGUGACACCUUCCGCCUCAGGAAGCCAUGACAGAGGCCAGAAAGCUGCCCCCGCCACUCCCCCCACGACUGGACUGGUUCGUGCAGACACAGAUGGACCAACUGGCCGAAGGAGGGGUCCCUUCGUGGUUCCAUGGUGCCAUCUCAAGACAGGACGCAGAGAACUUGUUGGAGUCACAGCCACUGGGAUCCUUUCUCAUCAGGGUCAGUCACAGCCAUGUGGGCUACACACUCUCCUACAAAGCCCAAAGCUGCUGCCGCCACUUCAUGGUGAAGCUCUUGGAUGAUGGGAGCUUCAUGAUCUCCGGGGAGAAGAGGGCCCAUGCCUCUCUGGACGCCCUGGUCACCUUCCACCAGCAGCAGCCAAUGCGGCCGCAUGAGGAGUUGCUGAAGCAGCCCUGUGGGCAGAAGGAUCCAGAGAACGUGGAUUACGAGGAUCUCUUCUUUUACUCCUAUGCACUGUCUGAGGAAGCUGCCAGCGCAGCCCAUGGCCCCAGUGAACAUGGGAAUCCUUCCUCCCAUCCCAUAGCUCCAUCGAAGAAGGCCUCCACAAAGCCAAUCCUGCUUCAUUGCCCAAAGGAAGGGAGGCCGUCGGCAGAGAUGGACAGAGAGCCCUUGGAGGAGGCCACUUCCUCCUGCCCUCCAAAAGCCCCCCUUGAGGAGGCCUGCCAGAAAUUCUGGAAGAACCUCAAGACGCUUCCCCAGACAGGCAAGAGGAUCCAGCAGCAGUUGAAAUCCCACCUGGUAGCCGGGAGCUUGCCGUCACUCCGGGACUCUAGGCAAUCAGAGGUGACUCAUGGCUCAGGGGCCAGGGCUGGAGACAGGGCCUGGGACCAUAACUUCUGCGCAGACUCCAUGGUGGCCACAUCACUCAGAAGCCCGUCACAGCCCCAGGCUCAGAGAGACGGAGACAACUCCUCCAGGAAAGCCUUGCGAUCAGCCAGCUGGAGUGUGGUGACCCCGAAGGCCAGGGGCCAGCACCAAGGGUUAGUAAGAGCUCUGUCCUCACAGGCAUCUAAACCAGAGCCAAGGGGCUUAGAACCCCAAGAAGACUGGCUCCCAGAGGAGUACAAUACACCACCACCCUUUGCCCCUGGGUACUGAUAGAAGUUUGCCCUGGCUCUGAGACCCUUGUGGCCAGGAGCUGCUCGCACCUGGACUCCUUGCUCACUGCCCACCAGCCCUCGGGAGCCUGAGAAAUGUAAUAAACACGUUGCUUG